UCCUCAAUCUCCUCAUUCUCCUCAAUCUCCUCAUUCUCCUCAUUCUCCUCAAUCUCCUCAAUCUCCUCAGUGUCUCUGACUCUGAUCUACAAGCAGACGCUCUCAUUGUCUCCACCAUGAAGCUGGUCAUUGUGUGGAUAUUUUUGCUGACACUGGUCAUAUCGGUGUCAUCUCAGGUCUUUCACUGGGGUCCGUGUCCGACACCCAUGGUCCAGCCCAACUUUGACCUGAACAGGUUUUUGGGGAAGUGGUAUGAAAUCGAGAAGCUUCCAGCAGCCUAUGAGAAAGGAACAUGCAUCGAAACCAACCUCUCUCUCAGACCCGACAAGACCAUCAGUGUGGUCCACAUUCGAACACGAAAGGGUAAAGUGAGGAUCGCUGAGGGAACAGCAACCGUACAGAACCAGAGAGAACCGGCUAAACUCGGAAUCAGCUUCUCCUACUUCACUCCCUACAGCCCGUACUGGAUUUUAUCUACAGAUUACGACUCCGUGGUUCUUCUUUACUCCUGCACUGAAUUUCUGCGGAUCUUCCACGUGGACUAUGCCUGGAUUCUGUCCCGCAGCCGCUCCCUCCCACCCGAGACCAUCUACCACGCCAAGGAGGUCUUUUCUAAAGACAACAUCGAUGUCAGUCGAAUGGUUCCGACCGAUCAGCACGGCUGUGAGGGUGGAGCUUAAAACGACCACCACUUCCACUCAUCUACAUUUAUAUUUACUUACACCAGAAUGACGGAUGAAUAUCUAUGAGCAUAAAAAUUAAUUAAUAUCCAUAAUCCUUUUUUUACAUUAGAUUUUCUGCAUUUGUGUGAAUUUUACUUUUACACACAAUCGUUAAUAAGAUGGAGCAAUUUGUUUUAUUUCUGUAAUCAAAAGUCUGUGUUUUAUAUUAACCCUGACCACACCCCGCCCCUGACCACACCCACUACCCCAACCACACCCCACCCCUGACCACACCCACUACCCCAACCACACCCCACCCCUGACCACACCCACUACCCCGACCUUUGUACAUGUUUAUGCAAAUUCAUUUUCUUGGAAAUAUUUAAAAUAAAAGCAUGGGAAUGUUUUAAUAUGGACACUUUUUAUUUCCUCCACAAUUAUUAUUUUAAUUGAGAUUUUAACAUAAAUAUGUUCAAAACGAUUACGUCAUACCCUUAUUCCUAAUGUAAUAAAUACUUGAUCGUUUAUUUCUCCUCCAGAAUCACAGCUCUGUAGCGCCCCCUGUCGACCCAUUCAACCUUCCACUUCUUUCUCUGCUGUUUAUUAUUAUAAUGAACACGUAUAUGUUUUUUUUAUGCUUGAGUCUAACACCGUGUUAUAACACUUUCUGUUAUUUCUGUUUGUCAUAAACACAAAUACUGCCUGUGUGUGCUAAUAAACAGGAAAAUCCUGAACAAAUAAACAAGUAAAUAAAUGCAAACCCUGAAAACUUA